AUGGCAUCAGACAUUCGUGUUUCCGCGAUGAAAACCCCUAUAGAUAUUGCAGAAUACCUGUUUACUCGGCUAUGUCAACUUGGGGUGCGAACAGUUGGGAACUGUAAUGAAUUGAAUGCCGGAUACUCUGCCGAUGGGUACGCCCGGAUCAAAGGAAUUUCAGCAAUUGUUACAACAUUUGGGGUCGGCGAACUUUCGGCCUUAAACGCAAUUGCCGGGGCAUAUUCAGGGCAUGUUCCGGUGGUGCAUAUCGUUGGCCAACCCAGCACUGCGUCGCAGAAGGAUGGCAUGCUACUCCACCAUACCUUGGGAAACAAUAUGGUACAGCAGAAGGUUGAAGGAGAACGACUUCAGAUUCCAAUCGAAUUUGAUGACCCUGUAAAUGAAACAGAAACGGAGGAAUACGUGGUAGAUGUGGUGUUGAGAUAUCUUCGCGCCGCUAAAACUCCGGUUAUCCUGGUUGAUGCUGGUGCAAUCCGUCACGCUGUGCUUGGAGUCGUCCAUCAAUUGAUCCAGAAAACUGGCUUCCCGACCUUUGUCACACCCAUGGGGAAAGGUGCAGUGGAUGAGACCCUACCUAACUUUGGAGGUGUAUAUGCGGGGACAGACUUCAAUACAACGGGAUUCUCAUACCGUACCAGUCAGCUAAACACCAUCGACUUUUACAGCGGCCAUGUUCAGGUCCGGUAUUCACUGUAUCCGAAGGUGAGGAUGCGAGGCAUUCUUCAAAAGGUCAUGGCCCGGAUGGGCUACCUAUAUGUGCAACCUGAACCCACAUCUUUCAGAGGCACAAUGCACAGUAGCACUCUUACGGUAUCAAAUGGGCCCAUUACGCACUCAUGGUUAUGGCCAGAAGUCGGUAACUGGCUGCAGGAGGGCGAUAUCGUCAUUACUGAGACCGGUACUUCAAGCUUUGGAAUAUGGGAAACGAGAUUUCGCAAGGGUGUUACUGCGAUCAGUCAGGUCCUCUGGGGUAGCAUCGGAUAUUCUGUAGGCGCAUGCCUUGGAGCUUCAUUGGCUGUCCAAGAGGCUGAGAACUUCCAAAUGACGGCGCAAGAAGUGAGCACAAUGAUACGUCAGAAAUUGAAUCUUAUCAUAUUCGCAAUCUGCAAUAGUGGAUACACUAUCGAGCGCUAUAUCCACGGCUGGGAUGAAGAGUAUAACGAUAUUCAUCCAUGGAAGUAUGGUGCUUUGGUUGAGGCAUUUGGGGCCCAAUGCCAACAUUCCUACAGUACCUACCAAGCUUCAACCAGGGAUGAGCGUACCUCAUUACUUAACAAUACCCGCUUCUCCUCUGCUCCUCAUUUCCAGCUUGUGGAGUUAUACAUGCCUAAAGAUGACGCACCUGCGGCUCUCCAGCUUACUGCCGCAGCUGCAGCAGCGAGGAACUUACCAACACAAUAA